AUGUCUGCACUCAACCGAGAUCUGCGAUCCGUGGGAUCGUUCACGCCUUACUAUAGUGGCACUUCAGCGGUUCCCAACGAAGACUUUGUCCUGUUUCACGGGAAAGACAAGCCGAAUAGACUGGUCGAACGCUUCGGACAUCCAGCGGAUACUCCAAGACAGAUCUCAUGGAGGCGCCGAUGCAGAAACCCAUUCGUGCGGAGCUGUACAGAUAAGUGUUUACAGACCCAAGUCGUUCUUCAAGCUUCAAGUCCCAGGUGGACGGUCUUCCUGCGCGUCUGCCCGAAGCUCCACCUAGACGCUUCCGUCCAGCUGCUGUUCCGGAAUACCGACGACGAAGAGGGGAUGCGGGCGACGGAGUGA